UAACAAACACGUGAUUAUUAAGCGUCACCAGGCUUAUCUCAUUGGCAUGAAACCGCACGUAAUCCCCCAAUUGAAAUGUCGCCGCGGCAGGAAAAUCGCCACCUCUCAGCCACCGGUUAUCGUCCCUUUUUAUCGAAAAUAGAUCACAAAUCCUUUCCUUAGACUCUUCCAGCUACCCUGCAACCCAAAAAGGCAUAACAGAAGUUCAGGGUUAUGCGGAAAACCCUCUUUGCGACCUUUGAUCGAACAGUUGGCAUGCAAAUUUGCCAAACAAACCAAUCUUCUCAGCUGAAAUAGCAAAGAUUCGCUCUCGAAGCGCUGCCACCACGAAAGGGAUGGCAUUCCGUUCAUUCUCCCUCUUCGCCUAUAUAUAUCUACAUCGCAAUGUCUCGCUUGAAUCUGUUCCAUAAACAUUCACGGUGCUUCAUCUGCUUGAUCUUAUUGUUGUUUUCUCUAUCUUCUCUUGUUUCUCAACGUGGAAGUGUAAGCAUGGCUAAGAACGAUUCUGGUAAUUGGGAGAAAAGCCCGUUCAUUAUUUGCUUCGGCGAGAUGCUCAUCGACUUCGUCCCGACUGUCUCCGGUGUUUCUCUUGCGGAGGCUACGGCAUUCAAGAAGGCCGCCGGCGGCGCCCCGGCCAAUGUCGCCGUCGGCAUUGCCAGGCUUGGUGGUUCCUCUGCUUUCAUCGGAAAGGUUGGGGACGACGAAUUCGGGCAUAUGCUGUCCAACAUUUUGAAGAUCAACAAUGUGGAUUACUCCGGUGUCUGCUUCGACACCGGCGCUAGAACUGCACUAGCCUUUGUGACUCUUAGGGCCGACGGCGAACGGGAGUUCAUGUUCUACCGAAAUCCAAGCGCCGAUAUGCUCCUGAAAGAAUCCGAGCUUGAUUUUCAUCUCAUCAAGAAGGGUUCCAUAUUUCACUAUGGCUCCAUUAGCUUGAUCGAGGAGCCGUGCAGAUCAACUCAUCUUGCUGCUCUUAAGUUUGCCAAGAAGGAAGGUCUCCUUCUUUCCUAUGAUCCUAAUCUGAGACUUCCACUUUGGCCUUCAGCAGAUGCUGCUCGUGAGGGCAUUAAAAGCAUCUGGGAAUACGCAGAUGUCAUCAAGGUGAGUGAGCAGGAAAUCUCAUUUUUGACUGGAGAUGAAGAUCCUUAUAGUGAUGAGGUUGUGUAUAAUAAACUUUUUCACGACAACCUCAAACUCCUUGUUGUCACCGAAGGAGAAAAAGGUUGCAGAUACUACACCAAGAAAUUCCAUGGGAGAGUUGGUGGGUUUAGAGUUAAUGCUGUGGAUACUACUGGUGCUGGUGAUUCUUUUGAUGAGAAGAAACUAAAGGAAGCCUUCGUCUUCGCCAAUGCAUGCGGAGCAAUUACAGUCACUGGGAGGGGAGCAAUUCCCUCACUUCCAACCAAAGAAGCAGUUCUUGAUUUCAUCCCAAAAGGGAUCGAACAACCUCACAGCUUGUGUCUUAUUUCUUGAAACACAAGCCAAGUAUUAUAUACUAGUUCAUCUUAUAAACUCA